UAUGAUUGCUUAGCAUCCAGUGCUUCCCCCAAUAUAGCCCUUAUUAUACCGUAAUCAAGUUGUUUCCAGUACAAUUGUCUCUUGACUGAAAUAAAUUAUGUCAACUAUUUGAAUACUUUUUCAUGUAGUUCUCAAUUUCUUCAUUUUUCAAAGCCAAAUCACAGAACUGGGAAGUUAUUAAGGCUCAGCAGCCUGAAGGUCCUAUCAUGCAAGGGGCAUGCUGUGGCUAUCAACAACAGGUUCCACUAGUUUAUGAGGCACUGUUGGAGACUUCUAGAGAAAUAUAGGAGAAAUAGUCCUGAGGGUUCAGGAUGGUCUGGUAUGACUCUGGACUAGCUUUAUUUGGAAGGUCUAGUCCCUAUCCCAACCCCGAAUGACACCAUAAUGCAAACCUCUCUGACAUAAGCUAGUAACUCUGCUUGCCACAUAAUCAGUAUCCUAAUGUCUCCUAGCAGUGUCCAUGGUGGUAACAUUGUCUUCAAUGUAAAAAGUGCCUAUUUGCAGUCACUGCCUCCACCACGACCACCAGGAGUGCUCCAGCUGAGAGGAAGCUACAGUUCUCACUACUCAGACCCAGAACACCCCUUUCCAAUGACCUGUUAAAACAUGGUGGAUUACUAUGAAGUUCAAGGAGUGCAGAGAUAUGCUUCACCUGAGGACAUUAAAAAGUCUUAUCGUAAAGUGGCACUUAAGUGGCACCCUGAUAAAAAUCCAGAAAAUACAGAAGAAGCUGAGAGAAAAUUCAAAGAAGUAGCUGAGGCAUAUGAAGUAUUAUCAAAUAAUGAAAAACGGGACAUUUAUGACAAAUAUGGCCAGGAAGGAUUAAAUGGUGGAAGCAGAAGUCAUUUUGAUGAUUCUUUUGAGUAUGGCUUCACAUUUCGUAAGCCAGAUGAUGUCUUUAGAGAAAUUUUUGGUGAAAGGGAUCCAUUUUCAUUUCAUUUCUUUGAAGACUCACUUGAGGACCUUUUAAAUAGUCCAAGAAGCUCCCAUGGAAGCAGUGGUACAAGAUCCUUCUUCGCUACCUCCAAUGAAUAUCCAGUUUUUGAGAGAUUUUCUUCAUAUGCUACAGGAUAUAUACCAUAUGGUUCACCGGGCCAUGAGGGCCUUAAUUCAUUCUCCUCGUUGGCAUCUGAUAAUAGUAGGAUGGGCAACUACAGAUCUGUUAAAACUUCGGGUAAGACUGUUAAUGGCAAAAAUACAAAUACACAGAGAAUUAUCGAGAAUGAUCAAGAAAGAGAAGUUGAAGAUGAUGGCGAACUGAAGUCCUUCCUUAUAAAUGGUGUGGCAGAUGAAGAGGGCUUUGCAGAAGAAUGCAGCUGGAGAAGACAGUUAUUCAACAAUUAUUCACCAAAGUACUUCAGACCCAAACAUGUAACUCAACAUACUUUUGUGGACAAUGAUGAGCAAGAUAUACCUUGGGUCACCAGCAACUGGGAUCCCUCUAUUUUCUCAGCAGGAUUCAAAGACGGUGGUAAGAAAAAAAAGAAGCAUAAAGAGGUGCAGAAGAAGUCAACCAAAAGGAAUCGUUAAAUUGACUCUUCAGACACAUUAUGUUCAUAUAACAAUUGAACGUGACUCUUUGUGUGUUUUUGUUAA